CGAAGCGACAAGUAGUUGAUAGCAACAUCGGCGAAAACCGGCAGGAAAACGCAACUGCACGCGUUGCAGCAACGUAAAAAGAAAACCAACAUAAAGAAUAUUCCCUCGAAAAUAUUUCUUUUUUCAUGUUUAUUUUAACUUGAGGGAAAUUUUGUUCGAAAACAACAACCGAAUACUAAAAACGUGUCGCCGUCCGUCAAAAGAAAAGCGCUCCCAUGUGCUGCAUUACCAAUUGAAAAAACAUAAACAGCGAGCCCGAGGAGAAAUGGGAAAAUAGAACCAGUCGAUAGAUAAACAGCCACUGCAGAAGCCCCCCAAAAAUACAACCGCCUGCAGACGAGACCGAAAGUGAAAGUGUAUAUAUAUCAGUUGCUCCUUAUCUGCGCCCCUCGGAGUGAAUGCACUCUGACGGAUCCUCGAUUAGGUUUCUAAGCCACAAAAGAACCUAAAUCCAAAUCAAAACCAUAACCAAAGCUUUUGUUUUUGCACAAGAUCAAAAAUAGAUUGCACAGCUAAGGAAUCCAAGUUCAGUGUCAGAAACGAACCUCCCGGCUAUCUUGAAGAUUCGUUUGCGUGGGGUCAGCCGUCUGCCGCACAUCAUCUUCAGCGGCGUAGUUCGUAAUUUUUAAAUACCGCUAGUACUUGUGAUAUUGCAUUUUCCAACAUGACUCAAACGAAGGAGAAUCCGGAGAAGAGCCGCGAGCUCAUCAGCGAAGAAAGCAUGAAGGAUCUGCUAACCAAGCAGCUGGAACUCGUGGGCAGUGGUGGAGCGUUUGUGUGGGCAAUCUUCUUUCUUUGCGUUACUCCCAACAUAUUGAAUGGAUUCCAUGUGUCCUCCUACACUUUGUUGGGUCACCUGCCCGAAGAUCAAUGGUGUGGCAUUACCGAUCUGCAGGACACCAAUUGGACAUUGGCUCAGAAACGGGAGAUUGCUGGUAAGGGAUUGGAGUCCGGCGGAUGCACUGUUUGGGACUGGAACUAUGAGCAUUUGGCAAAGAUGUCCUACGAGGCGGCCCUUAAUUAUACCAACCACCUGUCACAGAUUUCCCAGCCGGCUGAAGUGUCCUGCAGAGUGAAGGGUCAACAUGAGUUCGCCAAUCCGGAGAGCACCUUCGUCUCGGACUGGGAUCUCACCUGUGACCGAAGCAUACAGAGGACAUCCGCCCAGGUUUCCAUUUCGCUGGGCAAGUUCUGUGGAUCAUUUUCCUUUGGCAUCUUAGCAGACAAAUUUGGUCGCAAGACUUCGUUUACCUUAGGUGCUGCCUUCUUCAUUGUGGGUAGCUUCCUCUGCACAUUUUCUCCCUGGUAUAGUGUCUUCCUGGCAGGUCGUUUUGCUUUGGGAGCAGCUUCAUCUGGCUUGUUCUAUCCUGCUUUUACAAUGAUCGUGGAGAACAUCUGCUUGAAGCAUCGCUCCUGGAUGUCAAUAACCUUCGCAGCUUCAUAUCCGGUGGGAAUGAUCAUCCUGGCAGUGGUUGGCUACAUCAUUCAACCCUGGAGGCAUCUCCAAUUGGCCCUAACUAUUCCCUCACUGCUGCUCAUACUUAAUUGCUACCUGAUGAAUGAGUCACCUCGCUGGCUGAUCACGACUCAAAGAUACGAUCGCGUCUAUAAGAUUCUCUUCAGACAGCCCAGCCAUUACCAAAUCCAACCCGCAGUUGCAGCCUCCCCUCAAGUUGUCACCGAUAAGAAGUCGCUGGAGCCGGAAGUGGGAUCCUCUUUGGUUGAGAAGCUCAAGAAUGGUCCUUUGAAGUCCAUCAUCGAGUUAUAUGGCAGUUCCAGCGUUCGCAAAAUGAUAUUCGCUUCUUAUUACAUGUUCUGCGUUACUUCACUCAGUUACUAUGUUACGGCUCUGAACGCCGCCAAUCUUUCGGUUUCGAGAUAUCUGUAUAUCAUAGCCACCGGUCUUGUAGAUAUACCCUCCUAUCUGGUACCGGUGAUAAUGCUCCGUUUCACGGGUCGUCGUCUAACCACCAUGUUCCUGUUCCUCUGGACUGGCGUAUCCUUGCUGCUGGUUCUCUCGGUUCCUGCCAGUAGCACCACCUGGAUUGUGGCCUUUGCCAUGCUCGGUCGCUUUGGCAUCAGUGCCACUUAUUCGGUGGUAACUCUAUAUACAGCAGAGCUGUAUCCCACUCAGGUCCGGAACUCUGCCCUGGGAACCUGCUCGACCUUCGCCCAUGUGGGCUCCAUUUCGGCUCCGUAUGUGGUCGAUGUCCUGGGAGCUCUCGGCUGGUACAUUCCAACAACCAUCUGCGGCUGCUGCGUUCUAGUAGCUGGCCUCCUGACACUCACACUUCCGGAAACGGGAACGGGGAAGCUGUCCGACAAAGUGGAUAGCUCCACAGCCUCCACUACGGCAGAACAGCCCGAGAAACAGUGAUGGCAGCAGACCACCUCGAAUCUAAGUUAAGUCCCAUUUUCACGAUGUGAUUAUCAUUUAUUUAGGGCUGAUCAGGGUAAAAUGAUAACCUUUUCUAUAUCAAUGAGUUCUCUUUUAACUUUUAAAAGACGUUUUAAAUAUCUUAAGAAUAACACUCAAAAUGAGGAUUUCUUAAGAUUACUAUACAUCAGGCUGUUUUUUGAUAAAAUUCUGUAAGUAUUUGAUGACAACAUAAAGAAAGUCCUGUCUGAUGAAUCACUUCGUGAAAAUGCUUAUGUUUAGUUAGUCUAAAGUAAAUUCUAGUUAUAUACCGUAACCAUACUUAAGCCUAAGUUCGUUGUUAGUCUGUAAUAUUCCUGCAUUGUUUAAGUAUAUAUUGAUAAAUGUUUUUCUGUUUGAUAUCGCAUAAUAAAUAUACUAUUUAUACGUGAUCGCCAGAGAUCUAGGACUGCA